GCACAGCUAACACAAAGAGUCCAAAAUGGCGGCAGUAGAUGUGUCGGUGUACAAAAAAAGUAUGGGAAGUACACAGUUGUACAAGGAAGCUCUGGAACAAACAGCAAGUUUCAACACACGUAUGGCCAUGGAGCGCAAAAUGAGAUUACCAUUCCUUGAUUCACAGACAGGCAUGGCACAGAACCACAGCAACCUGUGGCACCCUUAUAUGAACAGACAACCAGGGAACGUAUAUGGUCAAAUCUACUCAUAUCCUGCCAAACGAUGGAAAAAGAAAAAACGCUCAUUCUUUGCUGCUGAGGUUCGUCUAGCUCGUGCAGGGGACAUUGAGAUGGGGGAAGCAGCAGUCAACCAAAAUAAGUCCGCGAUCCAAGUAAUAAAAAAAGACAUGCAUCAAAUAAGUGCGGUGGAGAACCCUGCCCACAGGGGCAAAGAGGAUGAGGAUGUCUUGGAACAGAAGGCCGAGUCCCAGGACCGGUGGUUUGAAGACUUUGACAUGCUCAGUGAUCCUCCAGAUGCUGGGGAGAUGGUUGAUGAUCAGUCGGAUAUCAGUGAUUAUGAAGAUACGAUCAAGAAGAAGAAGAAAAAGGGUCCAGGACGAGGAAGGAGGAAGAAUGUAGACAAAGAUUUGAUGCCAGAAGAAAAAGAUAAACCUUAUGUUUGUGAAGCAUGCGGUGCCCGCUACAAGACACGGCCUGGUCUGGCUUACCACUACACACACUUCCACAACGGCAUGAUCGACGAAGACUGCAACACACAAUCUCCAAAACCUCAGACUCGUUCCAAUGGUAGCAAGUGUAAAAAUGCUGAUGGGAAGGCAACUGCUAAUAACUAUUGUGACUUCUGCUUGGGAGAUGCUGCAGACAACAGGAAGACCAAACUACCCGAGGAGCUGGUGUCUUGCAGCGAUUGUGGCCGUUCAGGUCACCCAACAUGUCUCCAGUUCACAGCCAACAUGAUCAUAUCAGUGAAGAAGUACCCCUGGCAGUGUAUUGAGUGCAAGUCAUGUGGACUGUGUGGGACCUCCGAUAACGAUGAUCAGUUGUUAUUUUGUGACGACUGUGACCGAGGCUACCACAUGUACUGUCUCACACCACCUCUCACUGAACCUCCAGAGGGUAAUUGGAGCUGUCACUUGUGUAUUGAAGAGUUCCACGGGGGUAAGAAGCCUGCUGGCAUGCAGUGAGGACCAUGCCUCGGUUGUUCUCAGGGCUAACAGCGGGACUUCACAGUGGGAACUUAGCAUUUAUCAUAUCGGGUCAAGAUCUCUCAUGCACAAGAAACAUGCAUCAAUGCAUUCGAGCUUUGCUUUGUGCAGGUGUUACGUGUGUAGAAACUGCUAUCACUGUCAUCUCAAAAAACGCAUUUACAAAAUACAAGGAGAAAGUUGAUAUCCAGUAACUGUUUUGGUCAAGCAUAGAUGAUACUAUGUAAUGGUGUAAUGGUAUGACGAUACAGUAGGGUAUCGCGGUACUCAUUUACCAAGACAAGAUCUGUCUACAGGAGCUGUAGCGUCACACAAACAAUAACAGCCAUCCAAACUGUGCUAGUAAAACUGAUUUGUAGCGUUGGGUGAUACCCUCUUGUAUUAGCCGAUGGAUUGUGUGGGAUUCAGUUAUCAUGGUACAAUCAGUAUUGCUGCUGUAUCAUUUCAUCCCAGGAUGACAUCGUCCCAGGUACAUCAUUACCAUCUACGAUGUCGCCGCGAGGAGAAGUUCCAUCUGCAAGACACCCUAUGGUAUCAUACUGACAAAGCAUUCCCAUCUAAAUGUUGAAGCAACUUGUACAUUAUCUUGUUCAUAUAUUCUUUCGUUUGUCUAUAGACUGUAUAGUGCCUUUAAUGCUUGUAUUAUUCAGGAAUUUUCUUGGUAUUGUUGUAUUUCUCUUUCUUACCAUAAUAGACAGUCACAUCAAUUGGAUGACUGAUGUAAGGAACAUGUAACUGGGACUCUGAAUAAUGUAAGGAACCAUUUUGUCAAUAAGGCAAAUGGUAUUUUAAUGUUUCUGCACUUACUUCUUAACAAAGAGAGCACUUUUGUUUUGAAACUGUUUGUGGAGACACGUUGAAGCGAACAUUGCAAUGAGCUAUUCAUGAUGAAAGUGUUGACAAAACUGUUGCCGGUGAACUUUUAUCGGAAAAUGAUUGUAUUGUGGUCAUCAAUAAUGCCAUGUAACAAUGUUGGUUGUUCUUAGUCUUGUUUAGUACCACCAAUCUGAAAUGACUUGAAAAUAAUAUCUCUCACAUGUCAGAAGCAUCUUUGUAAGAACUAGAACUGGUUCCUGCUGAUAAACACGGAAGAAAUAUGUUCCCUUUGAAUUUGUCUGAUCAGCAAUACUUAGUUGGACUUGACUGAUCAGAAAAUGGAGACAAUUGUUAUGACGGUAUUGGGUCUGAGGUUGUGUCCCCGAAAGAGUAUUCAACUUGUAGACUUUCUCCCUGGAGCUAUCAGUCAACUUGGCUUGAUAAAAGUGGAAAUCCUUUUGUUACAUCGGAAUUUUUCUGUUCACACAAAGUAUGAAUAUAUAACCUAUGGUGGAACUCAGAAUUGAGCAUUGGUGUUUCACUUCAAUGGACAUUGGUCUACCUUUAGUCAAUCAAUCCUUUAUUUCAGUAUUAAGGCCUGAGGCCCAAGUACAAUUAAUACAAUGAAGGUAUUUUGAACAUGACUGCAACAGCUAAUAUUUACAACUGUGAAGAUUGGAGAUUGAUGACAUUUAGUUGGCUGUAUGAAAUGAAACACUGACAUGAAGAGGUGUAGUUUGUAAUCAUUUGUGCAAUAUUUUAUGAUUUGCAAAGAUCGAAUAGAUUAUUUUUAUACAAUGACAACAAAUGAGUAAUGCAACGAUGAGAUUAAAUCAAAAUAGCAUUUGUUGUUAAGAUUGUGUCCUCUGGUUAUUUUUGAAAGAUUUAUGUAGUCAGUAUUGAUAAUGCCUUUAAUAUCUUACCUGUACAGCAAGCUGUGGCUCAGGAAGAAACAGCUCCUCUCGGGACAAAUGAUGAAACUUGUCAAUUAAAAGGAAACCACCAUCACAAUUUUUACGAAGUUUAUUAAAGUUUUUGCAGGAGAGCCACUUGUACUAAUUUCAUGUGAAUAUAUUUCGCCUUCUUUUAAUAUUUUAUGGUUUACAGUCUUGAUUUUUGGCCUAAUAAUUUAGGUUGGUAUGAUCGGGGGGGGAACAAAUUCCAAAUUCAAAGAAGUUGUUGAAUUUCCUCUCAUAAUUCAGUGUGUUUUGAAUAUAAAUUUUCAACAGGUUCUUGAUGAUAUUUAAUAAUUAAUAUUGAUAACAGUAAAUUUACAGUCAAUUUACUUAUUUCAGGUCAGAUAAUAAGACACAGACUGCUUUCCAGUAUUAAUAUUUGUUUCACAUUUGAUUGAGUUAGCAGAUUCAUAAACCAAGAUUGAAAAAAGUCUGGCCUAAUAUCUUUGUCAGGAAUCAAGUGAAUUGGAUUCACACACUUUUUUUGUUUGCUUGUUUAUACUGGUACAUUUUGUAGAUGACAAAUGGAGGUCUGAUGCACUGCAUCCCUUCCCCUUGCCAGCAUCUGCUGAUAGUUGCUUCAAAUCCUGAAUAAUCAACCUUGGUCUGUAGGCACUAUACCAGUGCUUGUGGGUUUCAACAGAUUGGACAACCUCUACGACCUGCAUCCCUUUACGCCUUUCACAAACAUAUUUCGUCGUGAUAUGACUGAAACUGUUCAAAGUGGCGAUAAACCUAUUCAUUCAAGCACUUAACCUUGCUUUUAAUGAAAAGGUCUAACAUGCAUUGAAUUUGUUAAACAAAGUUGAAUGGGAGAUCUUCCUUUGACACAUUAAUUAUUUUUGUUUAAAGCUUCCUUGGUAUAAGCUCUCAGCUGUGUUCAUUGUAGGAGUCUGCAUCUAACAGGGUGUGUAGAUGUAAAUAUAUGUUUAUUGUUAAGUGCAUUCUGAACUUUCCAUGCUGUUUGAAUCUCCAUCAGUAGCAUCUUGAUUCAUUUGACCAAACAUAAUUCAGUGAGGAAUUCAGUAUCUAGAAUUUUGAUUCUUUGCCCUGGUAAGAUUGUCAGCAUGAGUAAAUAUUGCAAGCAGAAUCUUUGAGUAGCCACAUUGUGUGGUUGUGAAUUGGUUGACGCGGCACUAUUUUCCAUUUGAUCUUUCAAAAAGUAAGUUCAGUGGCUUAAAAAUGUGGUUGCUAAGUGAUCGCAUUGUCAAACUCUACUCUAAAAUAACACUAAUUUCAUCCUCCCAUCCAUUCUAGGGUGUUGUUGAAGUAGUAGAAAUAGCAUGGAAUAUCGAGGAUGUGAUUUAUGCCGAGGUUGGGUUUUGUCAAGAGAUUCUUCCAGGCCAGUAAGGCAGCUGACACAGUCAUGUCUGUUGUUUAUUUCAUUAAAUCAGCAUCAUUUGUGAAUCACUUAGCAUAUUACAGUUUGCAAAACAUGAAAGGUGCUCGUCAGUUUCACAUUAUUGUAAUCAUUGUCCAUCUGUCACCGUUUGUGCAUAAUCAGCAUCAUUAAAGGUCAUAGUGAAAGAA